GACCCCGCCCCCGGAGCGCGCGCCCGUGCGCCGCCGCCGCCAUUUUGGAGCCAUCCGAGUGCCGCCUGCGGCCCCGAGUCGGUCUCGAGCCGCUGGCCGGCCGUGCCGGUGUCUGUAGGCGCUGCGCCCUGGGCCGGGCCCAUGUGUGUGCGGCCCGCCCGAGGCCGCCCGGGCUUUGCCUCCACCAGCGCCCUGGCCUCCGCUCGGGCCUCCACACGGGCCUCCGAGGAGCUGCCGCGACGCCCGGCCCGCAGGGCAGGUAAAGAGAUUAUAAAUCUUCCACUGAAUGAAAAAAAUUUUCUUAAAGCUGCAUAUACUCCAAGAAAAAAACCACAAAUGUUUUUCUAUUUUGCCUGAAUACAUGAUUUAAACAAGAGAUUUCCACAGAAGCUCUGCGGCCGUCACGAUGUUCUGGAAGUUUGACUUGAACACCACGUCCCAUGUUGACAAGCUGCUGGACAAGGAGCAUGUGACGCUGCAGGAGUUAAUGGAUGAAGAUGACAUCUUGCAGGAGUGUAAGGCUCAGAACCAGAAGCUGCUGGACUUCCUGUGCAGGCAGCAGUGCAUGGAGGAGCUGGUGAGCCUCAUCACACAGGAUCCGCCCCUGGACAUGGAGGAGAAGGUCCGCUUCAAAUAUCCAAACACAGCCUGUGAGCUUCUGACUUGUGAUGUGCCGCAGAUCAGCGACCGCCUCGGUGGGGACGAGAGCCUGCUGAGCCUCCUGUACGACUUCCUGGACCAUGAGCCGCCUCUCAAUCCUCUGCUCGCCAGUUUUUUCAGCAAGACCAUUGGCAAUCUCAUUGCAAGAAAAACCGAACAGGUGAUUACGUUUUUGAAGAAGAAGGACAAGUUCAUCAGCCUGGUGUUGAAGCACAUCAGCACCUCAGCGCUUAUGGACCUGCUGCUGCGCCUGGUCAGCUGUGUGGAGCCAGCCGGGCUCCGGCAGGACGUCCUGCACUGGCUGAAUGAAGAGAAGGUCAUCCAGAGGCUUGUGGAGUUGAUCCACCCGAGCCAGGAUGAAGAUAGGCAGUCAAAUGCUUCUCAGACUCUCUGUGACAUAGUUAGGCUGGGCAGAGACCAGGGCAGUCAGCUGCAAGAGGCUCUGGAGCCAGACCCGCUCCUCACAGCGCUGGAGUCCAGGCAGGACUGUGUGGAGCAGCUUCUGAAGAACAUGUUUGAUGGAGACCGGACGGAGAGCUGCCUCGUCAGUGGGACUCAGGUGUUACUCACCUUGCUGGAAACCAGGCGGGUUGGGACAGAGGGCUUGGUGGACUCCUUUUCUCAGGGACUGGAAAGGUCAUACGCUGUCAGCAGCAGCGUACUACACGGCAUCGAGCCUCGGCUGAAGGACUUCCACCAGCUCCUGCUCAACCCGCCCAAGAAGAAAGCGAUCCUGACCACCAUUGGUGUGCUGGAGGAGCCCCUGGGGAAUGCCCGUCUGCAUGGCGCCCGCCUCAUGGCAGCACUGCUGCACACAAACACACCCAGCAUCAACCAGGAGCUCUGCCGGCUCAACACUAUGGACUUACUGCUGGACUUGUUCUUUAAGUACACCUGGAAUAACUUUUUGCACUUCCAAGUGGAACUAUGCAUAGCCGCUAUUCUCUCCCACGCUGCCCGUGAGGAGAGGACAGAAGCCAGCGGAUCCGAGAGCAGGGUGGAGCCUCCGCAUGAGAACGGAAACCGGAGCCUGGAGACUCCCCAGCCUGCCGCCAGCCUCCCUGACAACACAAUGGUGACCCACCUGUUCCAGAAGUGCUGCCUGGUGCAGAGGAUCCUGGAGGCCUGGGAAGCCAACGACCACACGCAGGCAGCGGGUGGCAUGAGACGUGGGAACAUGGGCCACCUCACACGGAUCGCCAACGCAGUGGUGCAGAACCUGGAGCGGGGCCCUGUGCAGACUCACAUCAGCGAGGUCAUCCGAGGGCUCCCUGCGGACUGCCGUGGCCGCUGGGAGAGCUUCGUGGAGGAGACGCUGACGGAGACGAACCGCAGGAACACUGUGGACCUGGUGAGCACUCACCACCUUCACUCCUCGAGUGAGGACGAGGACAUUGAGGGUGCUUUCCCUAACGAGCUGUCCCUUCAGCAGGCCUUCUCUGACUACCAGAUCCAGCAGAUGACAGCCAACUUCGUGGAUCAGUUUGGCUUCAAUGAUGAGGAGUUUGCCGACCAGGACGACAACAUCAAUGCCCCGUUUGACAGGAUCGCAGAGAUCAACUUCAACAUCGACGCUGACGAGGACAGUCCCAGCGCAGCUCUGUUUGAGGCCUGCUGCAGUGACCGCAUCCAGCCCUUUGAUGACAAUGAGGACGAGGACAUCUGGGAGGACAGUGACACUCGCUGUGCUGCCCGGGUGACAGCCAGACCCAGGUUUGGAGCCCCCCAUGCUUCAGAGAGUUGCUCAAAGAAUGGCCCAGAGCGUGGAGGCCAGGACGGGAAGGCGAGCUUGGAAGCACACAGAGAUGCACCUGGGGCAGGUGCCCCACCGGCCCCCGGGAAGAAGGAAGCCCCCGCUGUGGAGGGUGACUCAGAAGCAGGCGCCAUGUGGACGGCAGUGUUUGAUGAGCCAGCGAACUCGACGCCCACAGCCCCAGGAGUGGUGAGGGACGUGGGUUCCAGUGUGUGGGCAGCUGGCACCUCAGCUCCAGAGGAGAAAGGCUGGGCCAAGUUCACUGACUUCCAACCUUUCUGCUGCUCCGAGUCAGGGCCCAGGUGCAGCUCUCCGGUGGACACAGAACACAGCCAUGCUGAGGGCAGCCGGAGCCAAGGCCCUGAGAAAGCCUUCAGCCCGGCUUCUCCAUGUGCCUGGAACGUGUGUGUCACCAGGAAGGCCCCCCUGCUGGCCUCUGACAGUAGCUCCUCUGGGGGCUCCCACAGCGAGGAUGGCGACCAGAAGGCAGCGAGUGCCAUGGAUGCGGUGAGCAGGGGUCCCGGCCGGGAGGCCCCCCGGCUGCCCACAGUGGCCAGGACAGAGGAGGCUGUCGGCAGGGUCGGGUGUGCUGACAGCCGGCUGUUAAGCCCUGCCUGCCCCGCGCCAAAGGAAGUGACUGCUGCCCCAGCCGUGGCUGUGCCCCCCGAGGCUACUGUGGCCAUCACCACAGCACUGAGCAAGGCUGGCCCUGCCAUACCCACCCCAGCAGUCUCUUCUGCACUGGCCGUGGCGGUCCCCCUAGGGCCCAUCAUGGCAGUCACAGCAGCCCCAGCCAUGGUGGCCACCCUGGGGACAGUGACAAAGGACGGGAAGACAGAUGCCCCGCCGGAAGGAGCUGCCUUAAAUGGCCCAGUGUGAUGCUGCUGCCGCCCGGCCACGGCCCGCCCUGGUCAGGCUGCCUCCUUAAUUGAGAAAACUACCUGGUGAUGCAAUCUUUUUUUUUUUUUAAUUUAAUUUAAUUUUAAAAUAAAUGCUGCAUUGGUAAAGCUGGCAGUUGAAACCAGUUGGACGGCCCAGCUUGCGUCUCUUCUGCCUGAGUGGGCCUCUCAGGUCACUCGUGCCCUGCUGGAGGACAGAGGGGCACCUCAGCCGCCCCCAAGCCCAGAGCACAGCAAUAAGGUCGGCCUGCAGGAGCCGGGGUGGGGGUUGCGGGGGGGGGGCAGGACCCUGAGAUUGCCACCAGGACCUGAUGGGCCAGGAAGGGCGUGGACAUGGAGGCUGUUUUUACAGAUUUUUUUUUUUUUUUUUUAAAGAAUACAGAAGGAGCCAAGCUUUUUUGCACUUUGUAUCCAGCUGCAAGCUCAGGGCAGAGUCAAGGGCCUGGGCUGGAAAAACCUGACUCACAGGAAUGCUAAUUGACCCUUGCAGCUACCCAGUAGCCCUUGGAGCUGGCACUGAACCAGGCUGCAAGAUUUGACUGCCUUAAAAACACAAGGCCCUCUAGGCCUGGCAGGGAUGUCCCUGUGCUCAGCACAGGGUGCCUGGCAGGGGGAGACCACAGGUAUGCAGGUGGGGGGACAUGGCGUGGCACUGGGGGCUCAAAGACUGGUUUCUAGCACUACUGGUCACGGCCAUGUCGUCCUAGAAGGGUCCAGAAGAUUAUUUUACGUUGAGUCCAUUUUUAAUGUUCUGAUCACCUGACAGGGCACCCCAAACCCCCAACUCCCAAUAAAAGCCGUGACGUUCGGACAAA